AGCGGACCGGAGCUCAGCCGCUGGGCGGCGGGCCCUCCUUGGCCAUGGCGGGCGAUCUGGAGGGCGGCAAGGCCCUGAGCGGGCUGCUGAGCGGCCUAGCGCAGAACGCCUUUCACGGACACUCGGGUGUCACCGAGGAGCUGCUGCACAGCCAGCUCUAUCCGGAAGUGCCGCCGGAGGAGUUCCGCCCCUUCCUGGCGAAGAUGAGGGGACUUCUCAAGUCUAUUGCUUCUGCAGACAUGGAUUUCAACCAGUUAGAGGCAUUCCUGACUGCUCAAACCAAAAAGCAAGGUGGCAUCACCAGUGAACAAGCUGCAGUUAUCUCCAAGUUUUGGAAGAGCCACAAGAUAAAAAUCCGAGAGAGCCUCAUGAAGCAGAGCCGCUGGGACAACGGCCUUCGGGGCCUGAGCUGGAGAGUCGAUGGCAAGUCUCAGUCCCGGCACUCAACUCAGAUACACAGCCCUGUUGCCAUAAUAGAGCUGGAAUUUGGAAAAAAUGGGCAGACAGGUGUGCCGUCUCUGACCUUACGCUCACAAAUCAUUUUCAGCUGCACCUUAAUUAUUCACGAACCAGGGCUGCUCACCUCUGGAGUCUCUGUCACAUAG